UUUCCAGCGAGUCAUUCAUUCAAACCUCACCGUCGGUCACGGACAGUCCCGUGUUGAGUUUUGGCGCUUAUAAAUAUUUACCUGUAUUGCAAGGGUCACCACUCAGCAGCAGAGUUCAGCAUCAACUACCUAAGACAACACUUAAAGCGUUUGACAUCAGUUCUUCACUUUCCUCACCUCUCUGAUUUCUCACAAUGUCUCAGCAGCAGAUCAGCCUCCCAGCCAAGCUAAUCAAUGGUGGCAUUGCUGGUAUUGUUGGGGUCACUUGCGUCUUCCCUAUUGAUCUAGCCAAGACCCGACUCCAAAACCAGAGAAAAGGACAACAAGUCUACAAGAAUAUGAUGGAUUGCCUAAUCAAAACAGUACGAUCAGAGGGCUACUUUGGCAUGUACAGAGGUGCUGCGGUCAAUCUUACUCUGGUCACACCUGAAAAGGCCAUUAAGCUGGCAGCGAAUGACUUCUUUCGACACCACCUUGCCAAACAUGGGAAGGGGUUAACAGUGUUUAAAGAGAUGUUGGCAGGAUGUGGAGCAGGCAUGUGCCAAGUCAUAAUCACUACUCCCAUGGAGAUGCUGAAAAUUCAGCUACAGGAUGCUGGAAGAUUAGCUGCCCAGCAGAGAAAGCCUGGUAUCCUGGCUUCCAAUAAACUGGCCCCAACAAAUGCUGUGCUGAGCCGGUCCUAUAAUGUGGUGCCUAGCUCAUCUGUCCGGGCUGUAUCUGCCACCCAGAUUGCAAAAGAGCUGCUGCACACCAAGGGUAUUCAGGGCCUUUACAAAGGCCUGGGAGCUACUCUCAUGAGAGAUGUGCCUUUCUCCAUUGUCUACUUCCCUCUUUUUGCUAAUCUAAACCGACUGGGGAAGCAGUCAGUAGAUGGUGUGGCGCCAUUCUAUUGGUCGUUCAUAUGUGGCUGCGUAGCUGGCUCCACUGCUGCAGUGGCAGUUAACCCUUGUGAUGUGGUGAAAACUAGGCUGCAGUCUCUGAGCAAAGGAGCGAAUGAGGAGACAUACAGUGGUGUGCUUGACUGUGUGAGUAAGAUCAUGAAGAGAGAAGGGCCAUCAGCAUUCUUGAAGGGAGCAGGCUGCAGGGCGCUCGUCAUUGCGCCUCUUUUUGGCAUUGCACAAGUUAUGUACUUUGUUGGAGUUGGAGAAUUCAUUUUGGGCCAAAGCCCCUUUAACCUCAUCUCUCCUUAAGUAGUCCCCAGGACUGCCUCAAAUCUACUUACUGUUAGAAGACACAAAAACAUUCAAGUAUAAAGAUUGUCAAGUUAUCAAGAGUUUGACAGCUCUGCUGUCUGUAAUUUCCUGAACCGUCUUCUGGCCUUACUGCACUUUCUGUUUGGUGUACUGGCUUAUUUGAUGGGCUGUGGCCAACAUUUUGCACUUGUUGGUAAGGGCUUUUCCAGAAGUGGGUGCUUGAGUUGGUGCUCUACAUCCUUUCAGAAGGAUCCAACGUUUCCCCUCAGUGAGGGUGAAUGGUGUCAGCAUGAGGGCACCCUGUUAAACACAGUGACUGAAGAUAUUUAUACUCAGUUUCUUCUGUACAAUGUCUGUGUUGUUUUUGUCUCAUGUUUUUCUAUCUCUGUUUUGCUGACAGAUGUGUCUGUGACUUCAUAAUGCAUUUUCUUUUUGUAAGAAAUGGCUUUUCGUGAUGUCUAACAGUUUUUAAAUGUGGCUUUAUUAUUAUUAUUUUAUUAUUAAUAAUUUUUACAUGGUAGCUGAAACAGUCAAAAGCUUGUUUCAUUCCACAGAGAAGUGUCACAGAGGGUACAGGGAUGUUUUUGGUUAGACUGAAAUUUCAUUAGUCUUAUAUUUUCAUUUUCCAUACCAUUCAUAUGUGUGUGUGGACCAGCUUCAAUAGACGUGUUUGAUAGAAGGCUCCUAUAGACUUUUA